CUCAACCACUGGACCACCAGGGAUGUCCCAUUCAGUCUCUUUUUAGUGGAGUUUCAGGGGGAGACAUAAAUUUGCUAUGUUUAAGCAGAAAUUGGUCCGUUCAUUUUAAAACCAAGGGAGCUUACAGCAGAAAGGGGCAGGAUCCUUUUAAAAAAAAACAAAUCAUUGGAUUCAUUUUCACAAAUUUGAGCCUGACAUCUUAAUUCAUAACCAGCAGCUGCUGUGGUUUCUGGCAGUCACAAAAAUAGGUGAAAAGAAGAUGAGGUUUCAAAGCAAAUGUUGACUAUAGUACUUAACAAUAUGUUUGAAUCACAUUCUACUUUAAAAUGGGCAUUGGGGGAAUUCUUUGUGGACAAAGGCAGUGGUUUUCCUAUUGUCUUCUAGCUGUCAUGGUUCUUGGUGGCCUCUGACCAUCCAUGAUUAUCAUCAAAACUAUCCUUCUCCCAAAACUAUUCAUUCUUGUUUUUUCCCUUCUAACUUUCCAAUUCCCCACAGCAGCUGCUGCUGGCAGUUUCAUCAGAGAGGGACAGAUUCUUGCUCAAAGUCACACGGUGGGUGAAUGACAGGGCUGGACAGGGUUAAUGACAAGCAACUCCCAACUUUCCCAUUGGUGAGGUCAGAAUUCUGGGGAGGCCCCCAGAGAGACCAUUUUUGGGGAGGAGGGAGUGACUCAGACAGAGCUGCAAAUGGCAGGGUUUGGUAAAAAUGGUCCAGGAUUCGGGUUUCAGGGAGAUCUGGCUUCAGGCAGCCUCACUCGAAGCAAGCCCCUUGCUCUGUGAGCUGUGGUUUCCGCGUCUGUGGAAUGCAGGAGUGUGAGGAUCAGGUAAGAUGCUGCCCUAUUAAUCUAGGGACAGGCCAGAUGCCUUCCCAGAGGCAUGCACAUUUUCCAGGGUGGGAGCCAGUUCCUGGAGGAGAAUUGAUACACGACAUGGAUUGCUGCUGGGCCGCUUUCCUCUGCCUGUGCGUCUUGGCGUCUCAGAGCAGGACGGCAGAGGCGUCCCGGACGACCCUGAACUGGAUGGAGAGAAUGGAGGCGGUAACCAGGGGCAGGAGCAGCGCAUCUCAUGCUGACCUCGUUCACGGCCUAGAGUCGAAGCUGCUCAAUGCCAGCUUCACUGGCCACAACCUCACCUUGCAGACGCACACCAUCCAGGCACUGGCCUUCAAGCUGAACUGCAACUUCGCUGGCCUCUCUCUCAGCAGUGCCAUUCUGGAGAAUGUCCCCCAGGCCAAGCCUCAACACGCCAUGCAGUUCCCGGCCGAGCUGACCCGGAAUGCCUGCAGGACCCGCUCUGGGGAGCUUCGUCUCAUUUGUAUCUACUUCUCCAGCAGCAGCUUUUUCCAGAAAGACAUCAACUCAUCUCUGCUCAAUAACUAUGUUCUGGGGGCCCAGCUGAGCCAUGGACAUGUGAGAAACCUCAGUGAACCAGUGAACAUCAGCUUCUGGCACAACCAAAGCCUGGAAGGCUACACAGUGACCUGUGUCUUCUGGAAGGAGAGCGCCAACGAGAGCUACUGGGGGGCCUGGAGCCCUGAGGGCUGUCACACACAGCGGCCCUCACCUUCCCAGGUGCUCUGUCGCUGCAACCACCUCACCUACUUUGCUGUUCUUAUGCAACUCUCCCAGGCCCCUAUCCCUGCCGAGUUGCUGGCGCCUCUCACCUACAUCUCCCUGGUGGGUUGCAGCAUCUCCAUCGUGGCCUCGCUGCUCACUGUCUUGUUGCACCUCCAGGCCAGGAAGCAGAGUGACUCCGUAACACUCAUCCACAUGAACCUGCACGCCUCCGUGCUGCUCCUCAACAUCGCCUUCCUGCUGAGCCCUGUGCUGGCCACGCCCCCAGUGCCCGGGGCAGCAUGCGUGAUGCUGGCCGCUACCCUGCACUUCGCGCUGCUCAGCUGCCUCACCUGGAUGUCCAUUGAAGGCUUCAACCUCUACCUCUUACUCGUGCGCGUCUACAACAUCUACAUCCGCCGAUACGUGCUCAAGCUCUGUGCCGUGGGCUGGGGGGUCCCGGUCUUCCUAGUGCUGCUCCUCCUUGCCGUCAAGAGCUCUGUUUACGGACCCUGCAAGAUCCAACUCUCCGACAGCCAGGGAAACAGCACGAUCUUCAAGAACACGUCCAUAUGCUGGGUGCAGAACUCCUGGGUGCACCGUGUCCUGGUCAUGGGCUAUGGUGGCCUCACGUCCCUUUUCAACCUGGUGGUGCUGGCCUGGGCGCUGAGGGUCCUCAACAAGCUGCGGGCGCGGGAGAAGGCGCCGGGCGCCCGGGCCUGCCGGGACACCGUCACCGUGCUGGGCCUCACGGUGCUGCUGGGCACCACCUGGGCCUUGGCCUUCUUCUCCUUCAGCGUCUUCCUGCUGCCCCAGCUCUUCCUCUUCACCAUCUUCAACUCGCUCUACGGUUUCUUCCUCUUCCUGUGGUUCUGCUCUCAGAGGUGCCGCUCAGAGGCAGAGGCCGAGGCAGAGAUGGAGGUGUUCACCUCCUCCCAGAUGGUGCAGUAGUCUGGACUACCUGGACUUUCUGGCUCGGAGCUCCCAGCCUCUCUGGGUGCCUGCAGAAGAGAAGAUGGCAGGCAGCUGCUGGAGGCCAGAGGCCACUGUCACCUCCUGGGGGCCUUUUCCACCUCCAUGGCUUCCCCAGGCCCAGAGGGCAGGAUGUUGCUCUACCUCCUCUGGCAUUAUGCUCCGAAUGCCAGGUCAACCCCACCUGGGGGCAGCCAACUCAUCCCUGGUGCCUGGGCCCAGCUGGCCAAGCCUGUGACCAGAGCACUGGUUGCGGAGUCAAAAGGUCAUGUUUCAGCUUCUGGCUCUGAGUCUCACUGUCUGACCUUGGACCUGUCAUUUCUCACUGACCCUCACUGACCAUCUGUGACAUUGGGACAGAUGGCUCUGGUCUUGCCCUAUCCCAGAGCUCUAUGCAGAUUGAAUGAGACCAGGGAGGAAGAGGUCAUAGUGGGAGGGGGCAGCUGGCCGAGGGCAGCUGGGGGCAGGGUCUUGACCAGCCUGUCCUGGAAAGGCCUGCUGGGCCCUGCUUCCUUCCUUGCGGAGAGGGUCAUCCCAGGCCGGGGGUCCCCAACCCAGUGCUUAGAGACCCACCUAGUGUCUGAGACCUCAUCAGCCUGUGUCCAAAGUUUCUUUUCCUUUUGCUCCCAGAUUAUGAGGACUAACUCCAAGCCCACCUUUCCCAAAGAUCAGAAAAUCCUGUCCUUCCCAGAGGCUCCUCCUCCAGGGCUCCCCAGACCCCUAUAGGCCAUUUAGACUAGUGACUGAGGCCAUAGGACUUCCUGGAGGUGGGAGGGGAGUGCCUCAUUCUCCUCCAUCUGAGCUCCAGUGGCCAGGCAUUUUGAUGACUGGGCGGGUUUGAAUUUCCCCUGAUAAGGUGUGAGGAUGUGUGUUCUAAAUCUCAGAUUUGUUGGUCUGUUCUCUUGGAGCUGGGAGGCACCUACAGUAUUUAUAAAUUGGUAUAAAUUCUGCAAGUCUUUUGUCAUGCUGCACAUUCUUGUUUUCUUCUUAUUUGCUAUGUUAGCCAUCACUGUUGUAGAGAAUCACCAUUGCCCUUGACCUGUCCUAGCAGAUCGAGUGAGUAGACCACUCCUGAAGCCAGCGCAUUUCCCAGACUUCCCACCAGGGGGCGAUGUUGGCCCACAUCGGAAGCCAUUGGGUCCAAAACCACGUCUGAAGAUGCUGUGGUCGCUUGUCUGUGGACAGGACAAACCAGAUGGAGAGGCCCUGCCUCCAGGACUGUGCGUGCUGAGUGACCAGCAGGGGGAAUGCCACCCUGCCUACAUGGCCAUUUCUCUUUCCCAACACAGCCGCCCGCUCUGGCUCUCGGUGUCUUGUGCUCUGGGCAUCUUGCACUAGAGCAGUGGGCUGGGAUAGUUCUCAGGGACUGGCUCCAGGCCAUCAGACAGAUUUUGAUGACUUUGAACAUCACAGGGUGGGAAUUGGAGCCAGAUCCCUUUUCUCCCAGGGGGACCCUCUGCCCUCUGUUCAUUUCUUAUAUGAAUAGCCUUUCAUGAGGUGGCGAGUGGUUUAAUUCCAGGGCUAGACGGCCUGGGCUCAAGUGCCAGGCCUGUCAUUUGUUGGCUGUGUGACCAUGGACAAACCAUUCCAU